AUGGGGUUUUUAAAGAUUGCAGAAAGGAAGUUAACGGCGGUGCCAACAGAUUUGUGGAUUACUGAGAGCAAAUUGUAUGUGAGCAUGAAAAAAAACCACCUAGUUGAGACAACGCACGAUAUGUUAAGAGUCAGGUAUAUCCGCUUGAAAGAGAAUGCAAGGACGAUUGUUGGAUGUGAAGAUGAUUUGUUUAUUUUUUCAGAGAAAGGAAGUAUUUCUUCUUUGAAUGUUAUGAUUGAAAAUGCUAGAGAGGAAGUUAAGAAGGGAAAUAUGAUUGUAAAUUCAGCAGUUUAUGAUAAACGCACGAAAAGCAUAAUAACUGGGACAAAUAAAGGCAAGGUUCUGGUGAUGAAGGAUGGGCUUGAGGUAUCGAAGAGAAUGUACGAGUCACAGUCUGGGGUUGUGAGUGUGUCUGUAUCAAGUAUGGGAAUGAUUGCAUGUGCAUACCAAAUAGAUUCUGUUAUUCGAGUGUUUGACAUGAAAAGUUCUGAUGUGAGAAACAUCAAGAUUCCAAGUGGAUUUCCACAAGCAGUUUGUUUUGAAGGACAAUACCUGGCGAUUGGAUCAGAUAAAGGAGUAGUUUAUUUAGUGGAUGAACUCAGUUUGAAUGUGAUUAAAAGUUUGAGCAUUCCAAGUGCUGUGACAUCGUUGUUUUUUAAGAACGGCCGCUUGAUUGUUGGAGCAGAAGGUUUUUUGUAUCUAAUGAGUGUGAAGCAUGGAGUUAUAGAGAUAAUUGAUAGCUAUUGCUGUAAUGGAGUAGUGAAUAUGAUUGGCUCAAGCAAUGACUUCAUAGUGAUAAUAACAGGAAAAGAAGGAAGGCUUGGACGAUGGACAAUAAAUAAGAAUUGGGAAAACAAGGUUGAGGUGUUGAAAAUGAAUUGA